AUGAGCGACACCACCAGGCUAGUCGGUGACGCUGCUGUCGACGCACGAUCCAUCGUAUGGCUGCGGGGCUUGACAGAGCAGCAGAAGUCUGACAUCCUCUGCUCGACUCUCCUGGCGCAACUGUCGGCGGAGGCUGAAUCCCCCGCUGGCGACGAGAGCAAGGCGACUCAAUGGUACAACAAGUUUAUCGGUACGCUUGGCAACGUGGGCUGGGUGAUCAGAAAGUCCGCCUCCUCGGGCGUGAAAGAAAGCCUUAUCAAGGGACCCGUCGCGGAUACCAUUCUCAAUGCGCUCGAAGCCGACGAGAACGCCGACAAGGAACUUUAUAGCUCCGUGGCGCGCGAGCUGAUCGACAUGUUGCGCGCCGGAUACCAUUCCAAAGCCGAGAGUGUUCUUGACGCGGCGUCCAUCUCUUCGUCGGCGCACUUCGCAGGAAUACAACUCGCUGUCGCCGAGAGCGUCGACGAUUCUCUGGUCUUGACGAUCUUCGGCUACUUCUACUCUUCUUCGAACAACAUUGGCACCGCGCUAUGGCAUCCGAUACAGGAGGGCGCCGCUGUCAGUAUAAAGCAAUUCUUCGUUCAACUUGCUCUGAACGAGAGCGUAUAUGCGGGAGUGAGGGAGGCCGUUAUCAAGAAACUCGAGGAGGCCGACAAGAUGGGGUUGAUAGUUUCGCUCUGA